AUGGAGAUUGGCGCAACGCUUAGCAUGGGCAUCUACUCUCUAACAAGCAUGUGUGGUAUUCUUUUCAAUGGAAUAUUGCUAUACCUGGUGUUAUAUCACACACCCAAAAGUCUGAAAACCUACUCAAAUCUUAUACUUAACUUAGCUUUAUGCGACUUUGUAUGCUGCAUAUUUGUACUUUCAUCUCAAGACCGAAUUAUACCUGCUGCGGAAAGCGUGAUAUUCAUAGCGAAUGGUCCUUGCAAGUUUAUCAGCUCUGGAUUCUGUUAUCAGAGAUUUUAUCCACACUACGACAACUUUACUGGUGCCAUCUACGGUGUGAGAAAUGUUCUCAAAUUUGGUCCAAUGUACACAAUUCUACACAUGACGUUGCCAGUCACACCGAUAUACAUUGCAAUCGUGAUCAUACGCUCAAAGAUCAUUAAGCGACUGAACAAUGUGGAAAGUAUGUCUACUAACACGAAGUUUGUUCAUAGACAGCUUCUGAAGCACAAUAAGAAGAUCAGCAACGAGGAGACCAAGGACGACAGUACCGAGACGACAGGAAUGGUAGCCAGGAGCAUGAAGAUCGAACGUGGAGUGGAUAGGAGGCAAGAUGGUGGCAGCUCUUGCCAACUUGAAGCCCCAGCUAGCAGCGUUCACUUCAUGCAGUGA